AUGACCACUCCGGUUUUCUCCUACUCUGGGUUUGUCCUGAACGUUGUGCUUCUGUCGUUGUCCGGUUUGAGCUGGAGCAGUCCCAUUGAGCCCACUGAGACUCGUUACAGGACAUCAGUUAAUAUGGACGACGGUGGGAAUCCUCCCCUCAGUGUUCAGGACUUUUUGAGCCAGUUUCUGUCCACACUGAACCUCACCAGACUGAGGUCCCAAACCCGGCCUCAGGUUGUCCAUAAAGAACCACUGCCGGAGUACAUGCUGGAUCUCUACAACCGAUUUGCCAAUGACUACACUGCAGCCCCAUCUGCCAGCAUUGUUCGCAGUUUCAAGAACGAAGAUUCCUCCCCAUGUUGUAUGAGAGCCAAGGGUGUCCGGAUAUAUCCCCUGCUGUUUAACAUCUCCCUGCCCCACCGCGAGCACAUAACAAUCGCUGAGCUCCGACUGUUCAUUCUUGUGCGAAAGGCCCAAAGACAAUUUGCUGGGUUUAACUGCGAAGUGACAAUCUAUGAGUCACAUGACGGUAUUGUCUGGACAAAAGAGGUGGGGAAAGAAGGAAGAGGGAGGGAUGAAGAGGAGGUGGUGGAGAUGAAGGAUUUGGAGGAACUGGUGACAAAACAUAUCAAUGUCAAAGAUAAUAGCUGGGUGUCGUUUGACCUCACUCGUGUGGUUACACUCUGGCGAAAGUCAGGGUGUGCAACUCACAAACUGGAGGUUCAUAUUAAAAGUCUGGGGUCAGGGGAAGAAGGGGCCAUGGAGGAACGUGAAGGCUUGGAUGAGAUCGAUGUUGACAAGAACUUGGAGGGGAAACAUAACUCAAUGAUGAUUGUAUUCUCAGAUGACCAGAGCAGAGAUCACAAACAGGACAGACAGGAGCUCAGUCAGAUGAUAAAGCAUGAGAAUGACCUCCCUGUCAGCAUGGGCAGGAGCCAGCAAUCCUUCUGGGGCCAUGUGAAUCACGACACUGACCAGGACGAGCUGGACCAACAGUCUGCCCUGCAGCUGCAGUCCAAUGUCAUCUAUGACGCACCUUCUCGAAUUCGACGCAACGUUAAGAGCGAGUCGUGCAGGAGGACUCCGCUCUUUGUGAAUUUUAAAGACAUUGGCUGGGACACGUGGAUUAUCCAGCCUUUGGGCUACGAAGCGUACAAGUGCAACGGCGUGUGCAACCCUCCAAUGACAUCUGAGGUCUCGCCUACCAAGCAUGCCAUAGUGCAGACGCGCCUGAGCCUCAAGAGCCCUGAAAAAGUGUCGCCUGCCUGCUGUGUCCCAACUAAACUGGAGCCGAUCUCACUACUUUAUCACGAUAACGGAGUGAUCACUUUCAACCACAAGUACGAGGGAAUGGUAGUGGCAGAAUGUGGCUGUAGAUAA